GGUGUUGUUUGACUGUGAACUUACAGUAUACAGCACGUAUUCUAACUCAUUGGACAAUACUAGCUAGCCUGCUACAUGUAAAUAGCUACAUGGGAAUGCACAUACUAAAUAUUUAAUCACAUUCCUCAUUGACAUUUCUGAAACUUUGCUUGCUAACGUUAGCUAACUAGCAAAGCACAUUGAUUUCAGAGACAGCAUGUCAGUAGAGACAGCUAUUUUGGACACAAAGAAAGAUGGAACAAUUCAAUGAAAGAGAAUAGGAUUGGCACCAUGCUUCCAGGCUACAGUCCUGUGACCCAGGCCCUGCUGGGGACUCUGUUCACCUGGGGCCUGACUUCUGCUGGGGCUGCCCUGGUCUUCAUCUUUUCCAGCCGACAGAAGCGGAUCUUGGAUGGAAGUCUGGGCUUUGCUGCUGGGGUGAUGUUGGCGGCGUCCUAUUGGUCGUUGCUGGCGCCGGCCAUAGACAUGGCAGAGGACUCGGGAAAGUAUGGCUCGUUUGCGUUCGUCCCUGUGGCGGUGGGCUUCGCCCUGGGCGCGGCCUUCGUCUACCUGGCUGACCUCAUGAUGCCUGCUCUGGGCAUAGGGGUGGACCCCCACAUAGCCCUGGCCCUGCCCCCAGACUCCAAACUGGCCAAGGAGGAGGACCCCCUGUUCCCAGCCUCAGACGAGAUGACCAUCAGGAUAGGUAGAGCAGGACCGCUCUCAGAUAAGCUUGAGAACGGAGGAGACGUGUACCAAAGGAGGAAAGGCCCCUAUGCCGAUGCUGGCUCUUCAGACUCCGAGGAACAGGAAGUGGGCAGUCGACAACAGGAUGGGGCAGGGCAAACAGGAAGCAGCUGGAGGCGCAUCGUCCUCCUGAUCCUGGCCAUCACCAUCCACAACAUCCCAGAGGGCCUUGCUGUUGGUGUAGGGUUCGGAGCCAUAGGAAAGACCUCAUCGGCCACGUUCGAGAGUGCCAGAAACUUGGCCAUUGGCAUAGGUAUCCAGAAUUUCCCAGAGGGCCUUGCGGUGAGCCUCCCUCUGCGAGGCGCAGGGAUGUCCACGUGGAAAGCCUUCUGGUAUGGACAGCUCAGUGGUAUGGUAGAACCAAUCGCCGGGUUGCUAGGCGCCGUUGCCGUGGUGCUGGCGGAACCACUGUUGCCAUACGCCCUGGCCUUUGCUGCCGGGGCCAUGGUGUAUGUGGUGGUUGAUGACAUCAUCCCAGAGGCUCAACUCAGGGAGGGAGAGUGGGAGAGGAGCAAAGACACGGUCCCCCUGGAAUGUUCUGGUUUUCACAACCCUGGGCGUAUUGUUUGCUUUAAAAUUCAAGACGGGAAGCGAGCUGUCUUUUGGCUUGUCCUCUCUUCAACAUCCAACAUUUUGUUGGGAACGGUAAGUUGGCUUCCUGGACCUCCAUCCUGGGCUUUGUGGUGAUGAUGUCACUGGACGUUGGGCUGGGCUGAGGCUUCGCAUGGAACACCGCUGAUGUCACAGAAUAUGACAAUCAGCAGACCUCGAAAGAAGAAAAUGGACCAAAUUUGCCUUUUCUCCAACUGCUUGCUUUUAUUUUAGUUUAUUAUAUGAUUUUUUUAUGUUGGAAUUAUAUAUUUUGUGCAUUUCAUCCAACGAUCUGCAUAUCCAUUGAUUCUCAUUUUACACCUAGUCGGCUCAGGGAUUCAAACCAGCCACCUUUCAGUUACUGGCCCAAAGUUUUUAACUUCUAGGCUGCUGUCAUGUGUGCUCCCUCUCCGGCCUCUAGGUCACCAGGCUGCUCGUUAUGGCGAUACACCUGUCACCAUCGUUACGCUCACCUACCCGUCGUCAGACUCACCUGGACUCCGUUACUUCCCUGAUUACCUUCCCUAUUUAUGUCACUCCCUUUGGUUCCUUCCCCAGGCGUUAUUGUUUCUGUUUCAGUUUCAUGUCUGUGCGUUGUUCGUGUUUCUUGUUUUGUUUUAUGUUUCGUUUAUUGAUUAAAUCACUCACUCCCUGAACUUGCUUCCCGACUCUCAGCGCACAUCGUCACAGCUGCUAGCCGCCCUGAUUCUCGAAGAACAUAACUUACAAAUACCUCAUGAGCUUAGUGCAACUGUCGUACCCUAUCAGAACCCAAAAUAAUAAUCUUGUUUUACUCCGAUGUUUGUAAACAAUUUAAAUGUAAACAAGCACUGUAUAGCCUCAUAACAUGGUUAAAACUAUAAUUUGGAUAUCAUGGAUGGUCAGUCUUUGUAUCCAUAGCUAUGUUUAUGAAUUUGAGAGUGGUUACAUUUCUCCAGCCUUAACCCUCAGCAUUUUACCAAAGCAGUGGUGGGGUUGGAGCUUUGUUAUUGUUUCAACUGCAGAUUGCCCCUUUAGGAAGCUCAACCAAAUCAAUUUUUUUUCUUCUGAAAAUGCAACAACAACAAAAAAUUGAUACUGGAUCCUAAUUAUAAAAUGUGACAAUACUUGAAGUUUGAUGUUUGUAUGACUAGUUUAGAUUGGAACUGAGACAGCCGUGUAUGAAAAGUUGAUAUUUUGUUACGCCUCUAAGGGCUUAUGCCAUUUUGGCUCCAGCUGUGUCGACCACUACACAGUUGUACCUCAACGCUGUGUUUUGAAGGCUAGUUAUGGUCACUGAAGGAAACACAGGGAUCUGUGUCUACAGACAUGUCACGAAUAACCAGCCGAAUGUGUUGGUUUGCCGGAUCUUUGCUCAGACAAGAAUGUACUGUAAUAUAUUCAGAAAUGGUGCACACCCUGAUUCAUUCAGGAUGGCAUGAUGUUUUCAUCUUCCACGAAGUAAACAUUUAAAUGACAGAGUGAUUCGUAAUGCAUGGUCCACUGUGUGAUACUGCCUUUGGAUGAAGGGAAUGGGAAUAGCAACAUUUUACAGCUAGCUUCUUUCUUUUGUCAAUCUUAGCACACCUUUCCAUUCUUAUUGUAUUGUUAUUAUAAUAUUGUGACAUUCCGCUAUUCUUACAGAUGAAAUGAAAUGACUAAUGUGAAGUUUGUGUGAGAAAUCAGCUGUCACAGCUAGCCAAAUGGAAUGCUAGCUACAUAACUCAAAUGAAACCUCCUUUUUGCCUUUCCAUUUUUUUUCCCCCAUUCGUAAAAUUUACUGUACUGCGUGAGGCAGGGGGGCUUUUAAACCCUUGGGACCAAUUAGGAUAAGGACUUCCCUUGUCCAUGUGAUCUCAUUCAUUGUGAUCUAAAAGGCUAAACUGGUCCUAAAUCAGUACUCCUACCCGGACACGCUUGAUACAAACUGCCCCUUGUUGCCCUGCCUGACUCUGUUCUAGCGGGGGGGGGGACCAUUCCCAAGGAAACGUGAGCGAGAUGUGUUAUUGAUGGCGAUGAGGAUGCAAUAAACCAAUACUGCUUCCA